AUGUCUUCAACUCCUGAUCCAGAAAAGGCCGAUGGCUCAACGUCCCCUACUCCAUCAAUCCACUCCUCCAACGACACCAUCACCACCGCACACUCAGACGAGCACGGCAGCGACGAAAAGAAGACUGCACGCGAGCACAUCACUGAAAACGACUCAGAACUACACCAUGACUCUCUGGUACCAACAAUCAGCCUUGCCACAGCAGCGCAAGCCCCAGCAACGGAACAGGAAGCUGCCCGGUCGCGAUCCCGAGCUUCAACCACCCGUUCCAAGACUCUCAACAUUGUUCCUCGCUCUCAGCGACGCGGGUUACUGAGUCGAUUUUCCGUUGUUCCUGAAGCUGAGAGUCCGUAUGAGUACAAGAACUCGACUAAAUGGGGCAUCACCUUGACUAUUGCUCUUGCUACUGCGGCUGCUCCGCUGGGCUCUUCCAUCUUUUAUCCCGCUCUUCCUGAAAUGACGAGAAAACUCAACACCACCGAAGACAUCGCCAACCUUUCCGUCGCCCUCUACAUGAUCUCCAUGUCCAUCUUCCCCCUCUGGUGGUCCUCCUUCUCCGAGCAAUUCGGCCGCCGCUCCAUCUACAUCAUUUCCUUCACUCUCUUCCUCAUCUUCGCCAUCGUCUCCGCCGUCUCCACCAACAUCGCCAUGCUCAUCGUCUUCCGCAUCUUCACCGGCGGCGCCUCCGCCUCCGUGCAAGCCGUCGGCGCCGGCACCAUUGCCGACAUCUGGGAAUCGCACGAGCGCGGCCGUGCCAUGGGCAUCUUCUAUCUCGGGCCGCUGCUUGCACCCCUGAUUGCGCCCAUUGUGGGAGGAGCCUUAGCCCAGGCGUUUGGCUGGAAGGCUACGAUGUGGUUCCUCGCCAUCUACGGACUUGUUAUCUUGGCCAUGCUAAUCUUCCUUUUGCCUGAGACGCUGGCACGGAAGAAGCAGGAAGAGGCCAUCGCUGACACUGAACCAACUGCUGAAUCUAUCCGCCGCAUGACGACCAGAGAAUCCGCCAAAGUUCAGACCAAGAAACUGGCUGCAAGCGCCAAGCGCAUCUUCCUCGACCCCCUCAGCGUGCUGCUCUUCCUCCGCUUCCCUCCCGUCUUCAUCACCGUCUUCACCGCCGCAAUCGCCUUUGGAGCGCUAUUCAUCUCCAACAUUUCCAUCCAGCAAAAGUUCUCUCAGCCCCCUUACAACUACAGCCAGAUCAUUGUUGGUCUGCUCUACCUCCCCGCUGGCCUGGGCUACUUUAUCGCCUCCAUCUUUGGCGGCAGAUGGAUUGACAGAAUCAUGACCCAGCAAGCCAUCAAGGCAAAUCGCUAUGACGAAAACGGCAAACUCAUUUUCUUGCCCGAGGACCGCUUCAGGGAGAACAUGUGGCUGGCUAACACCAUGUAUCCCAUCGGGUUGCUGAUAUACGGAUGGACACUCAACUAUGGAGUCAUCUUCAUCGUUCCUGCUAUUGGCAGCUUCAUUUUCGGAGCUGCAUCUAUGCUUGUUUUUUCUGCUGCCACCACCAUGCUCACGGAAUUUGUCCGCAAGAAGAGUUCCGCUGGCGUUGCCGUCAACAAUUUUGUUCGCAACAUCCUCAGUUGCGUCGGCGUCAUCGUUGCAGCUCCAUGGAUCAACGCCAUAGGUGUAGGCUGGGUAUUUACAACAGUCUCUUUGUUUUGUAUGGUUGCUGGCUAUAUUGGCAUUUGGACAUUGAGGAGAAAUGCCGCUCGGUGGAGGAAAGACAUGGACGAGGCGAUGAAGGAUAUGUAA